CGCAGUAGGGCUGUAACGGAAGCAGCACGGCAGCGCUCACAGCCUGGCUGUCUGACUGACACUGAAUGAGAACGCACUGAUUUCGACUCCAAAAAUGAUGAAAUUUCUACCUAAACUGAUGCUGCUUGCGCUGUUAGCUUUCCCGGCGACCAUCCUUAUCAAAGGGCCGGUGGUGAGUGCGCAGGAUCUGACUGAGGAUGAGGAGGCUGAGGCUGUGGAUGAAGAUGUUGUGGAUGAUGUGACGGCUGAGGACGAGGAUGACGAGGCGGAAGUGGAAGACGAUGAGAAUGCAGAACUGACGGAAGAAAAAGAAGAUGAAGAGGAAGAAGCGUUGGUUGGAGAGGUGAAAGCUUCCCCCAAUGCUGACACCACCAUCUUGUUUGUUAAAGGAGAAGACUUCCCCGCCAACAACAUUGUCAAAUUCCUGCUGGGCUUCAGCAACAAGGGAUCAGAGAACUUCAUUGUAGAGUCCCUGGACGCUUCUUUCCGUUACCCACAGGAUUAUCAAUUCUACAUCCAGAACUUCACAGCUCUCCAGCUCGGCAUCGUGGUUCCCCCCAGCAGACAGGCUACCUUUGAGUACUCGUUCAUCCCCGCAGAGCCAAUGGGAGGGCGGCCGUUCGGACUCGUCAUCAACCUCAAUUACAAGGACAGCAAUGGAAACAUUUUCCAGGAUGCAGUGUUCAACCAGACGGUCACCAUCACAGAGAGAGAGGAUGGCCUAGAUGGAGAGACGAUCUUCAUGUACGUCUUCCUGUCAGGCCUCGGGCUGCUGGUCAUUGUAGGCCUUCACCAGCUGCUGGAGUCCAGAAAGAGGAGGCGUCCAGCUCCCAAAGUGGAAAUGGGAACUUCGAGCCACAAUGACGUCGACUUGAGCUGGAUCCCUCAGGAAACGCUCAACCAGAUCAACAAAGCCUCUCCCAAAAGAUCUCCUCGCAAAAGAAGCCAGAAACGCUCGGCCGGCUCGGACGAGUGACGGGUGCCUUACACCACGGCGACAAAUCUUCACCCACCCGUCUACGUAGGAGGAGGAGGAGGGCUGUGAGCGCCACGCUGAGCGUACUCUGCCCUCUCUACUGAGAAACUUUAACCAGUGCCAAGCACAGCGAUGGCUGGCUCUCUACUUUCAGCUUAAAAACUGUUGAACACACACACACACACACAGUCCGUUUUGUUAACGAGUUCUCUGCAGCCGUCACAUGAGUAAGAAAAGUAAGAAGGAUCAUCCUGAAACAGGUGUGUUGGGUUUAAAGGCACAUGAGGGCAUUUUUCUCUAGAGGUUGUUGCUGUUCUUUCAGAUUUACAUUUGUUGAAGCCUUAGUGAGAUAACUGCUGAUGUGAUCAUUGUGAGACCAUUUUGAUUGUUUUGUUUAUUACCUCCCACUCUGGUGUAGGGCUGGAAUUAAAUGUGGAUUUAUCAAUUAGUUGACUAGCUAAAGUUAUUAGUUGACAAAUUGUUAAAGUCAAGAAAAGUACCCCAAAGUUCUGGUUCCAGUCACUAAAAUGUCACGAUUUCCUUCUUUUGUUUGUCUCAUUGUAAACUGAGUAUCUUUGGCUUUCGUACAAAAUAAGUGAUGUGAAGAAGUCAUCAUGUGUUGGACAUUCGUCACUUAUUUUCUACAUUUUAGUUCAAAUGUGACCCAACGAGUAUUUUACAGAUGACAGGAUGGUGGAAAUAGUCGUUAGUUGCAGCCCUACUCUGGUGACAAAUGCAGUUAAUGUUUUGGAUUUUUUUUAAUCUAUUUUGUAGAUUCUGCCUGCACAUUUUAGACUUUGUAGAGCUCUCUUCUAGCAGCUCUGUUGCCCCUUUCCUGCUUUGCUUUGCUCAUGUUAAUGCACAGAUCCUCAAGGAAAGUCUGAUCCUGGUGUCGCUCUUUCACCACACCACCGAUGCUCCGUCUCAGAAAGUCUGCAAGGACUCUGUGCCGUCCGCCUGUUGAAAUUUAGAGACCCCACCAGACCUUUUGAGCCCCUUGUGCAAGAACGAGAACAGCAUGAGGCAACAUCCCAUAUUUCCUAAUGUUCACUUAAAUGGGAGACAUGAAUUAGACAUGGAAGGAGCUUGGAAGAACAUACACCCAGUAGCAAUCACUGUGUAGUUUCUUAUGUUUGGAUGGCAUGACAACAUUGUUCUUGUUUCGCUGCGAUGUUUCAAAGAGCAUUUGAGCUCUGUGGUCUAAAGCUGCCUACAAACAUGGCGAUUAAUAUGCACAAUAGGUCUCAUUGAAGUGGUUGAAGUUGUGUAAAAACUGUUGCUGAUCUACUGUCAACAAAAACAGACAUUUCCUUGUUCCACGUUUGAGAUUUUGUGAUUGUUUUGCAUUUGAACGUCACAUUUAGGAAGGAGAGGCACAGAAGAAAUGAUUAACUGAUUAGGAAAAACUCUUUGAUACAAAAAUUUGCUGGUCCUGACGUCUUAAAUGUAAAUCUUUGCUGGUUUUCUUAGACUCCUGUGAUGGUCUUUGGGUUUUUGACUGUUGAAUGGAAAACACAAGCAAGUUAAAGACUUUAAUUUAGGCUCUGGGUAACUGAUGGGCUUUUUCUUUUUUCUGACAACAAUUAAAAAGAAAAAAUGGGCAGAUUAAAGAUGAUUUGAACUAGGAGCUAACAUAACAUAAGCAAGUUGAUCAUUUGGUUCCUCAUCAGAUCUGUGGACAGGAAAUAAGUGAAGAGGACAAGUCAGCAGAGUUGAGCUAUACCUGCUCUUUAACCCCGACACCCUAAGUUUAAACCCCGACAGGAUGAGGGGGUAGAGAGGUCUCAUCAUGUGAAAAAACAUCAUUGAAUGUCACCUAACAGGCCAGGUUAUCAUGAAUGAACAAGAUGUUUUAGUUUCUCUUGUUAAACAGCAACAAAAAUUGAAUCUUUAAAUCCUCAACGUGUGCCUGUUUUCUACUUUUCUGUCUGUAAAUGUGUUUACUUCUGGCUUUUCUCCACAAGCAGCUUGUUCAAAAUCAGAACAAUAACUUAACAGAUAGUGGGUCUUUUUGUUUGUUUUUCUUUUGAAAUGUAAAAAAAAAAAAAAAAAAAAUACUGAACUGGCUAAAGCACUGGUGUAAAUACUGGCUGAUGGAUGAUGAUGACGUGAGAGCAAAAAUUACUGAGCUAAUUUAUUUGAAUGACAGAUUGGGGUGAAAUGGGGGGUUUGUGCACUGUGUUUUUUUGUUUGUUGUGGGGUUUUGUUUUGUUUUUACCACUAGGGGAUGACUCUAUGGAAGCCCAUUUUAGCUUGAAAGUCAUUAUGACAAACUUUAGUGAAAUAAUGACUUCCUUAUUUCAAAGUAAUUACUUGGUAUCUCACAGCAAUGACAUAGUAACUUAAAAUUAAUGAGAAACUUUUUCAAAAUAAUUACAUAGCACUUUGAAAGAAACUCAAAAUAUUUACUUCGUAUCUAAAAAAAAUUAAUAUCAGAAAUGAGACACUGUCAAAAUGACUUCUUUGCCUCAAAAAUAAUAACUUAGUAUUUCAAAUGAAUGACAAACUCAGAAUACUGACUUCAUAUCUCAAAAUAGGCCCAAGUCAGAAUUAGAAAUUAAGAAAGUUUCUUAUUUUGAGAUACUUAGUCAUUCUUUCAAGAUAGGAGUCAUUAUUUUGAGAAAGUUUCUCAUUCAAACUAAAAGGAUUUUUUUCAUUACAUCGGCAGAAAUGGGCUUACAUACGACACUUACUGUACGGGCCUUGGACUUUGGUUUAAAGUUCCUUUGCUGCAGAGUUUGGUCCUUUAAAGCUUUGUGGCUUUGUGAGUAACUGACCUCAGAGUUUGGAUCUGAACUGUAGCUGCAUGUUGGACUCUUUAAAUGUACUGCAGAUAAUCCAAGCAGGCAGUAUAAACAGAAAACACAUGAUCCAAAUGUGAGUACACAGCUGAGGCUUGUUGAUACCACUUGUUCACCCACAGAGAACUGAGCUGAUGUUUAGUUUUUUUUUUUGUUUGUUUGUUUUCUAAAAUAACGGGACUGUCAUUCAUAGAUUCGAGCUUUUACUUUCAUUUGCUUUUAAAUGUGCAGGAAAUAAACUUUGAUGAUUUGCUGUA